GCAUAUGAGUGGUGGUUAUGGUUACUCAAGAGGAGGAGAUGGUAGUGAGUACGGUGGAGGUGGAAGACAGGAAAAUGAAGGAUACAGAGGUGGAGAUGAGGGUAGAUACCAGAGUGGAGACGUGGAGGUUGUGGUGGAUAUGGAGGUGGUUGAUAUAGAGGUAGUACAGAUCAUGGUGGCAAUGAAUAUGGAGUGGAGGUCGUGGUAGUUAUGAAGGUGAUGGUUAUGGAUGAAGGAGACGGUGGUGGUGGAAGACGAAAGAGUGGAUGAUACGAAAUAGACG